AAGAUUUUGCCUCCAUUGUAAGGUAUGGUGAGGCCAACAGAUCAAGAUUGCCAUUGAAAAGGUAGCUGAUUACUCACAGUUCCCAAAAGGAGGGAGGUACACCACAGCCGCUAUGCAGGACCACAGGAGAGAACACUGAGGCCUGAUCUGACUGAGGUCAGAGCUGCCUGCUGCUGGAAAGCAGGGAGCCCUGAAUGCUUGGCCCUGGCUGUGGGUAUCCUCACUGGCUUUCUCGAGGAAGGUAUGCCGGACAAGCCCGGCACCUAAUUUAUUGGACUCUAGAUCUGGAAGAAAUCAGAUCAGCCCGGGAUCCCUCGGCCAACUCUGAAGACAAGAUGGGGAUCACACCUGUGUGCUAAAGAGGUUUCUGCCUCGUUGUGGCUCGUAGUAAACACAUACCAAAGAAGGUUCCUUCUUCCUUUUGUCAGCAAACAAUUCACUCCCUUGGACCUGCUAUCUGCGUCCUGCAGAAACAUUACACUUACGCUAUGGGAAGUGGCGCCUCAACCCAACAUCAUUUUGCUUUCCAGAAUGCAGAGAAAGCCUUCAAGGCAGCGGCCCUGAUCCAGAGGUGGUACCGGCGCUACAUGGCCCGCCUGGAGAUGAGGCGGCACUGCACCUGGAGCAUCUUCCAGUCUAUAGAGUAUGCUGGGCAGCAAGACCAGGUCAAGCUCCACAAUUUCUUCAGCUACCUUGUGGAUCACUUCACCCCCAGCAGUCACAACGAGAGGGACUUCCUGAACCGCAUGUUCACUGAGGAGAGAUCCCCCCGGGACUCCGAGAUGGAGAAUUGCAGGGACUAUGAAUCCAUCGAGGUACUGGACAGUUACACGGGGCCACGCCUCUCCUUCCCACUCCUUCCCGACCAUGCAACUGCUCUGGUGGAAGCUUUCAGAGUGAAACAAAGGCUCCAUGCUCGCUAUGUCUUGAAUCUUUUGUAUGAAGCCAGGAAACAUCUGGUACAACUGCCAAACAUCAACCGGGUCUCCACUUGUUACAGCGAGGAAAUCACAGUAUGUGGAGAUUUACACGGCCAGUUGGAUGACUUAAUAUUUAUAUUUUAUAAGAACGGCCUCCCGUCACCAGAGCGGGCCUAUGUGUUCAAUGGCGACUUUGUGGAUCGAGGGAAGGAUUCAGUAGAGAUCCUGAUGGUUCUUUUUGCCUUCAUGUUGGUUUACCCAAAAGAGUUCCAUCUCAACCGAGGAAACCAUGAGGACCAUAUGGUGAACUUACGAUAUGGUUUCACAAAGGAAGUGAUGCAUAAAUAUAAGACACAUGGCAAGAAAAUACUAAAACUACUGCAAGAUGUGUUCUGCUGGCUUCCGCUGGCCACUCUGGUUGACGAGAAAGUCCUGAUUCUUCAUGGUGGAGUGUCAGACAUGACUGACUUGGAGUUCUUGGCUAAACUAGACAGGCACAAGAUUGUUUCCACCAUGAGGUGCAAAACGAGAAAGGAGCAUAAGAAACAGGCGGAGAAGGGAAAAGCCAACCAGACGAGCUCUGCCGGGAGACCCUCCCCGUGGUUCCUCCCCCAAAGCCGCUCUCCCCCCACCUCGCCCCUCCGCCCCAGCAGCCAGAAGGCCCACAGAGCCGGGCGCUCCUCCAGCGUCCCCUGCAGGGUCCCCCUGGACCCCAACGAGCUCUCCCAUUGGGCGCGGCACUCCAUGGACCUGGAGCUGGAGAGGUGUCGGCAGCAAGCGGGCUUCCCGGUGAUCAAGGAGAAGGAGGAGCCCUUGCCCUUGGCAUCCGAAGCGGACCCGGAAGCUGAAGGGGGGCCAGAGCCCACUCAGGAGGCGUGGAGGCAGGUGGUGGAUAUACUGUGGAGUGACCCCAUGGCUCAGGCGGGCUGCAAGGCCAACACCGUUCGAGGAGGUGGCUGUUAUUUUGGGCCUAAUGUGACAGAACGGUUGCUACAGAAAUACAAUCUGCAAUUCCUGAUCCGCUCGCACGAGUGCAAACCCGAGGGCUAUGAAUUCUGCCACGGCCGCAAGGUGUUAACCAUCUUUUCUGCCUCCAACUACUACGAAGUUGGCAGUAACAGAGGAGCCUAUGUCAAACUAGGGCCGGCCUUGACCCCGCACAUUGUGCAGUUUCAAGCUAACAAGGCAACCCACACGCUUACCAUGAGGCAAAGGAUUAGCAGAGUUGGGGAGUCGGCUCUGAGAGCCCUACAUGAAAAGUUAUUUGCCCAUUCCUCAGAUCUUCUUGUUGAAUUUAAGAAGCAUGAUAAAGAUAAAACUGGUCUAAUCACCCUGAGUGACUGGGCAGCCGCCGUGGAGUCUGUGUUGCAUCUAGGACUGCCAUGGCGGAUGCUGAGGCCACAGCUGGUGAGCAGCUUGACAGAUAACAAGCUGGAGUACAAGUCCUGGCUGAAAAACUUGGCCAAAGAACAAUUCAGCCAUGAGAAUAUACAAUCAAGUUUGCUGGAAGCACUGUAUCGAAACCGAUCCAACCUGGAGACCAUUUUUAGGAUCAUAGACAGUGAUCAUUCAGGGUUCAUUUCACUGGACGAGUUCAGGCAGACUUGGAAGCUGUUCAGCUCUCAUAUGAACAUUGAUGUCACAGACGACUGCAUCUGUGACCUUGCCCGGAGCAUUGACUUCAACAAGGAUGGCCACAUUGACAUCAAUGAGUUCCUGGAGGCCUUCCGCCUUGUGGAGCAAUCCUGCUCAAAGGGUUAUGCAUCAGAUUGCUGACAAGCCACAAACACUAGUAACAGUGACUGCAGCAGCCCAGAUAUACACUAAGGCCAGUCUGGUCCCCAUCGUCCAAGGUGCCUCGUAAGCAAUGCUGAGCUCAUUGUGGGAAUAUCUCCCUUAUUCUCCAUAGCUUUGUGGAACUUUAUGCUGAGAAUUUGCCUACCAGUAUGCAUCAGAAUCACCUGUGUAUUCAGGUGAAUUCUACCAAACAUACGAAGAAGAACUUUUACCAAUCCUUCUCUCAAAGUCUUCCAAAAGAUUGAAGAGGAGGGAACACUCCCAAAUACAUUCUAUGAAGCCACCAUCAUCCUGAUACCAAAACCAGACAAAGAUACCACCAAAAAAGAAAAUUACAGGCCAAUAUCUUUGAUGAAUAUAGAUGCAAAAAUUCUCAAAAAAAAUUAUCAAACUGAAUCCAGCAACACAUAAAAAAGAUCAUACACCACGACCAAGUAAGAUUCAUCCCAAGUUCACAAGUUUGGUUCAACAUAUGCAAAUCAAUGUGAUACACCACAUCAACAAAAGAAAAGACAAAAACCACAUAAUCAUCUCAAUACAUACAGAAGAAGCAUCUGACAAAAUUCAACAUUCAUUCAUGAUAAAAACUCUUACCAAAAUGGGUAUAGAAGGAACAUAUCUCAACAUAAUAAAAGCUUUAUGACAAACCUACAGCCAAUAUAAUACUCAACGGUGAAAAGCUGAAAGACUUACCACGAAAAUCUGGAAUGAGACAAGGAUGCCCACUCUCAACACUUCUAUUCAACAUAGUAUUGGAAGUCAUAGCCAAAGCAAUCAGAAAAGAAAUAAAAGGUAUCCAAAUUGGAAGAGAAGAGGUAAAAUUGUCAUUAUAUGCAGAUGACAUGAUACCAUAUACAGAAAACCCUAAAGACUCCACACAAAAACUACUGGAACUGAUCAAUGAAUUCAGCAAGGUAGCAGGAUACAAGAGUAACAUACAGAAAUUGGUUGCAUUUCUUUACACCAGCAAUGAAAUAUCAGAAAGGGAAUGUAAAAAAACAAUACGUUUUAAAAUCACACCAAAAAAAAAAAAAAUACUUAGGAAUAAACCCGACCAAGGAGGUGAAAGACUGAUAUGCUGAGAACUAUAAAACAUUAAUAAAGGAAAUUAAAGAUGAUUCAAACAAAUGAAAGAUAUCCCAUGCUUUUGGCCUGGAAGAAUUAAUAUUGUUAAAAUGGCCAUACUACCCAAAGCAAUCUACAGAUUUAAUGUAAUCCCUAUCAAAUUACCCAUGACGUUUUUCACAGAACUAAAACAAAUAAUCCUAAAAUUUAUAUGGAACCAUAAAGAUCCAGAAUUGCCAAAGCAAUCCUAAGGAAAAAGAACAAAGGAGGAGGCUUCCCUGGUGGCGCAGUGGUUAAGAACCCACCUGCCAAUGCGGGGGACACGGGUUUGAGCCCUGGUCCAGGAAUAUCCCACAUGCCAUGGAGCAACUAAGCCCGUGUGUCACAGCUACUGAGCCUGUGCUCUAGAGCCCGUGAGCCACAACUACUGAGCCUGCAUGCCACAACUACUGAAGCUCACGCUCCUAGAGCCUGUGCUCCACAACGAGAGAAGCCACUGCAAUGAGAAGCCCACGCACUGCAACGAAGAGUAGCCCCCACUCGCUGCAACUAGAGAAAAGCCCUCAUGCAGCAAUGAAGACCCAACGCAGCCAUAAAUAAAUACAUAAAUAAAUAAAUAAAUAAAAAUUAAGAAAAAAAAAGAACAAAGGAGGAGGCAUAACCCUCCCAGACUUCAAACAAUACUACAAAGCUACAGUAAUCAAAACAGUGUGGUAUUGGCACAAAAACAGAGAUAUGGAUCAAUGGGACAGAAUAGAGACCCCAGAAAUAAACCCACACACCUAUGGUCAAUUAAUCUUUGACAAAGGAGGCAAGGAUAUAAAAUGAAAAAACGACAGUUUCUUUAGUGAGUGGUGCUCGCUAAAGUGGUUCUUUAGCAAGUCUACAAAUAACAAAUGCUGGAGAGGGUGUGGAGGAAAGGGAACCCUCCUACACUGUUGGUGGGAAUGUAAGUUGGUGCAGCCACUAUGGAAAACAGUAUGGAGGUUCCUCAGAAAACUAAAAAUAGAAUUACCAUAUGAUCCAGCAAUCCCACUCCCUGGGCAUAUAUCCAGACAAAACUAUAAUUCAAAAAGAUACAUGCACCCCUAUGUUCAUAGCAGCAUUAUUCACAAUAGCCAAGACAUGGAAACAACCUAAAUGUCCAUCGACAGAUGAAUGGAUAAAGAAGAUGUGGUACAUAUAUACAAUGGAAUACUACUCAGCCAUAAAGAAGAGGGAAAUAAUGCCAUUUGCAGCAACAUGGAUGAAACUAGAGAUUAUCAUACUAAGUGAAGUAAGUCAGAAAGAGAAAGACAAAUACCAUAUGAUAUCACUUAUGUGUGGAAUCUAAAAUAUGGCACAAAUGAACCUAUCUAUGAAACAGAAACAGAAUCACAGAUAUAGAGAACAGACUUGUGGUUGCCAAGGGGAUGGGAGAUAAGGGGAGGGAUGGACUGCGAGUUUGGGGUUAGUAGAUGCAAACUAUUACAUAUAGAAUUGAUAAACAACAAGGUCCUAUUGUGUAGCACAGGGAACUAUAUUCAGUAUCCUGGGAUAAACCGUAAUGGAAAAGAAUAUAAAAAAGAAUGUAUAUAUGUGUAUAGCUGAGCUACUUUGCUGUACAGCAGAAAUAAACACAUUAUAAAUCAACUAUACUUCAAUAAAAAAAAUAAUCACCUGUGUAUUUGGGGGUGGGGAUGAGGUUAGAGUGUUUCUGCGUAUUUUUAAAUACAUAGGUGCCCUAUCCCACCUCAGAAUUUUCACAAGGUAGGACCCAGGUAUAAGUAUUUUAAAAUUCUGAAGUCUAUCCCAGUUAAGAACCACUGAUAAUUCAACCCCUUCAUUGUUUUCAUUGCAUACCUUUUAUUUAUUGUUUUUACAAUGUCUUAUUGGUAAAGGAAAGUUGUGAAAAAUUGUUUGUGUAAUCCCAUGACCCAAACAUAUGGAUUCUUUUCAUUAUUUACUUUUUCUUGUUAAAACUAAAAUGUUUAUAUAAUUUAAUGUCCUGCUUUUUUAUAAAUUGACAUCUGUGUUGCUACAUACUCUUAAUGAUUAUUCCUUUAAUGGCUGCAUAAUUUCAAAUAGAUGUAAUAUAAUCUAUUCAGCCAUGCUCCAAUUGUUAAACAUGUGUAUUGUUUCCAGUUUUUAAUUAUUAUAAAUAACACUAUGGUUAAUAACUUUGUGCAUAUAGCUUGUUUCAUAAAAAGCUCUUGAAUGAUACAUUUUCUUAGCCUAGACUCCCAGGAAUGAGACUACUUUGUCAAAUGUUGGAUUAGUCUAUAAAAAGAUUUACUGUAAGGCUCAUGUGAUUAUGGCGGCUGAGAAGUCCCAAGAUCUGCAGUCAGCAAGCUGGAGACCCUGGAGAGUUGAUGGUGUGGUUCCAGUCUGAGUCUGAAGGCAGGAGAAGACUGAUAUUCCAGCUUAAAGACUGUCAAGCAGAGAGAAAGAAUUUUUUCUUACUCAGCCUUUUUUUUUUAAUUUUAUUUUUUUAUACAACAGGUUCUUAUUAGUCAUCAAUUUUAUACACAUCAGUGUAUACAUGUCAAUCCCAAUCGCCCAAUUCAGCACACCAUCAUCCCCACCACCCCCCACCCCGCGGCUUUCCCCCGUUGGUGUCCAUACGUUUGUCCUCUACAUCUGUGUCUCAACUUCUGCCCUGCAAACCGGUUCAUCUGUACCAUUUUUCUAGGUUCCACCUACAUGCGUUAAUAUACGAUAUUUA